CUCUGGAAAAGCCAGCCCAAGUUCGCUCUCCGCACACCUCGGCUGACGGCGUGGGUCGCGCAGCUCAGGGACCCGCCAGUCGCCACCCGCACGCGGGGGAAGGAGGACGCUGCCCGCCUCCGGCGUUCGGAACUGUCUGCCGGAGGCCAAACCGAAGCGCCAGAUCGGGAGCUGGAGGGUGAGUGUCCCGGACGCCGGAGGCCACCGGCUGCCAGUCCCCGCGCGCCUGAAUGCCGGCGCGCAGCCCCGCCGCCUGGUGCAUGGCUCCCCCGCGGCGCGCCCCAGCCAGUCGCCGCCAGCAGUGAGCACCCUUCUGGGCAGGUGGCUGUUGUCCCCCAGGGCCGCGCAUCGCUGGCGGCGGCAGGGCGCGCGGAGCCCGGGCUUGAGAGUGCACCCUCCGGGAGCAUGGACGCGUCCGAGGACCACAGCCUCCCGGAGCCUGGCAGCCAGGGCUCCGCGGCAGCCGACGACAUCGAGAUCGUGGUGAACGUGGGGGGCGUGCGGCAAGUGCUGUACGGAGACCUGCUCAGCCAGUACCCCGAGACCCGGCUCGCGGAGCUCAUCAACUGCUUGGCCGGGGGUUACGACACCAUCUUCUCCUUAUGCGACGAUUACGACCCCGGCAAGCGCGAAUUCUACUUUGACCGGGACCCAGACGCGUUCAAGUGUGUCAUUGAGGUCUACUAUUUCGGGGAGGUCCACAUGAAGAAAGGCAUCUGCCCCAUCUGCUUCAAAAACGAGAUGGACUUCUGGAAGGUGGACCUCAAAUUCCUGGAUGACUGUUGCAAGAGCCAUUUGAGCGAGAAGCGCGAGGAGCUGGAGGAGAUCGCGCGCCGGGUGCAGCUCAUCUUGGACGACCUAGGUGUGGACGCGGCAGAGGGCCGCUGGCGCCGCUGCCAGAAGUGCGUCUGGAAGUUCCUGGAGAAGCCGGAGUCGUCGUGCCCCGCGCGGGUAGUGGCCGUCCUGUCCUUCUUGCUCAUCCUCGUCUCGUCCGUGGUCAUGUGCAUGGGCACCAUCCCCGAGCUGCAGGUGACGGACGCUGAGGGCAACCGCGUGGAGCACCCAACGCUAGAGAACGUGGAGACUGCGUGCAUCGGCUGGUUCACGCUGGAGUACCUGCUGCGCCUCUUCUCGUCGCCCAACAAGCUGCACUUCGCCCUGUCCUUCAUGAACAUCGUGGACGUGCUGGCCAUCCUCCCCUUCUAUGUGAGUCUCACGCUCACGCACCUGGGCGCCCGGAUGAUGGAGCUGACCAACGUGCAACAGGCAGUGCAAGCCCUGCGGAUCAUGCGCAUCGCCCGCAUCUUCAAGCUGGCCAGACACUCCUCCGGCCUGCAGACCCUCACCUACGCCCUCAAGCGUAGCUUCAAGGAACUGGGGCUAUUGCUCAUGUACCUGGCCGUGGGCAUCUUUGUCUUCUCUGCACUGGGUUACACCAUGGAGCAGAGCCACCCUGAGACACUGUUUAAGAGUAUUCCCCAGUCCUUCUGGUGGGCCAUUAUCACCAUGACCACAGUGGGCUAUGGUGACAUCUACCCCAAGACCACACUGGGCAAACUCAACGCGGCCAUCAGCUUCUUGUGUGGGGUGAUUGCCAUCGCCCUGCCCAUCCACCCCAUCAUCAACAACUUUGUCAGGUACUACAACAAGCAGCGUGUCCUGGAGACGGCAGCCAAGCACGAGCUGGAGCUGAUGGAGCUCAAUUCCAGCAGCACAGAGGGCAAGCCCGGGGGUUCCCGCAGCGAUCUGGAUACUCUGCCCCCAGAGCCUACUGCCAAGGAGGGGCCGAGCUGGGGCAGCCGCCUGAAGCUCUCCCACAGCGACACCUUCAUCCCCCUGCUGACCGAGGAAAAGCACCAUAGAACCCGACUCCAGAGCUGCAAGUGAUGGGCAGGCUCCUGGGACAGAGACAGACCAGCUGUGGAUGGACAAAACGUUGGGUAGGCAUGUCAGCUGGCAUGCAGUGGUUUCAGAGGGGCUGCCUGUGUCUCCCAGUCCUCCCCACUCCCCAGCAGACUGCCAAGGCUGGGUAAGACUCCUUGAGUGUCAACUGUCCAGAUACAGGAGCAGGGAGUGCAGGAGCCACAGGGCCACUUGGGGCUACUGGAACAGCCUGACAGGAGCCCACAUCUGCUUCUGUCUCCCUUUCAAUAAAACCUCCGGCUCUGCACACCCUC